UGUACCCUUUAAUUAAGCUUCUUUAGAUCAUGUAAACAAAUCUCCACUUUUCACACCACUUCCUGUAUCAGGAAAGGGUUGAAAAAAUAACACUUCAUUUAGCGUUUCAGACGAUUCAGUACGAAACAAUGCUACCAACCGGCCUUGAACGGACCGUUCUUUGGGUAACGGUUAUUGUGCUUGUUAAGGUGUUUGCUAUCGUGGACUUUCACAUCGACGAUGAUCCUAAAUCAGACGCACAAGUAUGCUGCAUGGUAGAGCACACAUUUCCCCAGGAACCGUACCGGGUGUGCCACGAACAGCACGCCACCCCGCAGAUGGACAAUGGAACCGUUAUGUGCAUUCACCAGUGCUACUACAAAGCGAUCGGUAUGUUUGCCGCCGAUGGCAAAGUGAACACCGACGCGUACAUCAAGUACCGGGACGAGCUGGAUCCAACGCUUCGGGAUGCGUUUUCCUACUCCAUGGUGGUGUGUGCGAAGAUCAUCGCAAAGCGUAUGAACAACAAUAUCGCAGAAGUCAACAGAAUGCGUUGCAGCCCGCUGCCCUACCUGUUUAACCGUUGCCUGAUGGAGGUUGGCAUCGGGAACUGUCCGCCGGAGCGGUGGAUGAAUUCUUCCCUGUGCGAUAAACUUUUGGAGGUAAUUGUGAAAAAGUAUGGACCAGGCAUAAUACACAAACCGGUGGAGUGAAAAUGGUAACAAAAAGGGCAAACAGGUCGUACACAGACGCAUAAAAAACAGGGUCAAACCUAAACGUGGCACGUGAAACGGGGUAACAGACUGUUUGAAGUAUGUUUGGGGAAGAAGUACAAAACAUCCAAUCACCUGUAUUGUGUUAAGCUUAAAAGUGGAACUGGAGCAAUAAACAUGUCUGCGCAGUUCUAUUAUUUUGAUUAUGUUUGUGAUUUUUGUUAACUGCCAAAAAAAGGGACACAGAAAAUCGUUCCAAUCUUCCCAAAACAGCCUCACACAUUCCACAUUCGUUGUCUGAUCCGCGUGUUGCACAGACCACACUGCUACUGCUCCGCAUCGAGCAAUGGUGCCACAUCAGCGGACAGACUCACGGUGGAGGCUCAUUUUGCUACUUCUGUUGUCGUUUAACUGUUGUGAGGCUCUUCCAUUUCAAGUCGAGGGACAGCCCGUCGUUCACUGCAAUCAGCCACCAUUGGAAGUGCAUCCCAAAGAUUGUUGCCAGCUCCCUUCACUGAUCGAUGAGGAGCUGCUGCGCAACUGCAAGACACUGUACGGUGGGGAACCGCUGCAGCGGAAGCUAAUCUACGAGCGUGGCAAGUGCUUUGUAGAGUGCGCUCUUAAUGCAACGGGUACGCUAGUGGGCGGUGUGCUCGAUCAGGCCAAAAUACUGCACGUGAUCGUGACGGCCACGCAGAACGAUCCGGCCGUCAUGCAGCUGUUCCAGAGCAGUACGUUGCAGUGCUUUCAAACCGUGGGUGCUGGUGGUGGUGGUGCAAGCAGCCCUGCAGGCUGCAGUAGCUUGGGCGUUGAUUUUGUCGGUUGCGUUAACAUCAAAAACUUUGUGAACUGUCCGCCGCACAUUUGGAGCAACAGUGCGCAGUGUAACGCCUUGAGGCAGUACAUUCUGGAGUGUCCCCAGCCGUUCUAGCCGUUCU